GUCAGCUCGAUACCCAUAUAAAGCAUCGCAGUGAGACAUCUAUCAGACAUCAGUCCCAGCAGAGAGACAUCCUGCUUCCUUCACCAUUUUGGCAACAUGGGCAAGCUCACUCUAACUGCAGGUCUCUGUGUGAUCAUCGCCAGCUUGGGUUUACCUGGCCUUGUGACAGGAACUACAUUACUUCCUGGAAACCCCUGUAAUGGAAGAUUGGAUGGGAACUACGCUAACCCUGAUGACCAACACACUUUUUAUCAAUGUGUAGCUGGAAACACCUACGUCCAACCAUGCCCAGCAGGUUUGGUGUAUAACCCAUCCAAAGAUUAUUGUGACUAUCCUGCUCCAACUACCAGUACACUUCAAGGAUUCUGUCACGGAAAAGUGGAUGGGAACUACGCUAACCCUGAUGACCUACACACUUUUUAUCAAUGUGUAGCUGGAAACACCUACGUCCAACCAUGCCCAGCAGGUUUGGUGUAUAACCCAUCCAAAGAUUAUUGUGACUAUCCUGCUCCAACUACCAGUACACUUCAAGGAUUCUGUCACGGAAAAGUGGAUGGGAACUACGCUAACCCUGAUGACCUACACACUUUUUAUCAAUGUGUAGCUGGAAACACCUACGUCCAACCAUGCCCAGCAGGUUUGGUGUAUAACCCAUCCAAAGAUUAUUGUGACUAUCCUGCUCCAACUGCCAGUACACUUCAAGGAUACUGUCAAGGAAGAGCAGAUGGGAACUACCGCAACCCUGAUGACCUACACACUUUUAUCAAUGUGUAGCUGGAAAAACCUACGUCCAACCAUGCCCAGCAGGUUUGGUGUAUAGACCAUGCAAAAAUGCAUGUGACUAUCCUGCUCAAACCUAGCAGUAAACCUAAAGGAUACUGUAAAAUUGCCCCCAAAAUCUUGUCUUUAGACAAUGCUGCAAUAGCUAUCCCCAGAAGCAAACCCCACACCCACUACCACAAAAACAACCACCUCCACUACAACUCCACAAAAUCACAGCACCGUAUUUGGACAUUGUCAAAUUCUGUUAAAUGUACAAUUUCCUGUGAUUCUUACAUUAUGACAGAGAUGUUGCAUAUUGUAUGUAUAUGUAUGUGCUCUUUGUAUGAAUGUAAAUACAAAAAUAAUAUUA